UUUCGAUUUUUAUGUGAAAGUAGAAACUUUUUUGAAAAUAAUAAAAAGUGUGUAUUUUAUUAUUGUUCAUUUCUUGCUGCUCACUCUUUCUUUUUUUUUUGUGGUGUUUUUUUUGCUUUUGUUGUUGGAACACAAUUUUGUGUUUGGGGAUUCGUGCUUAUUUUCCUGAUUCCCAUCGCCAUCACCACGGUUUUACAUCUAAAAACAUCGUGCUGAUUGGUUUUUUUUCUCGAUUAGCAACAUUCUCUAAUAUUUGAGAUCAUAUAUCAAAAUAUACUCAAAAUUACACUGACAUCAUAUUAAAAUAAUAAUAUUAAAAGUUCAUUGAUUCAUCGUUCAAUUGGCUAAAAACAAAAUCAUCCAUAACCAUUAAAUAGAAAAACAAAAUCACUCAUUAUCAUAAGCGAAUAUAUGUAUAAUGGCUUUAUGAUGACAUUGAUUGCAUUGGAAACUUAACUUUAAAAAUCUGGACAAAAAUUCUAUUAACACCAAUCACAACAAGGAUAUUCUUCAACUGAUAAAGGGGCAUCGUUUUUAUUGUUUAAGAAAGUGGGAGAUUCCCGUUAAACAGCAGCACCUCUCCAUUAUUUAAGAAACUAAACUCUUAGAAUUCAAUUUAGUUUCUAUUUGCAAAAAAAAGCACGCAUUACGCGCAGCACAAACACAAUUUGUCACAAUGAAUUUGUGGAAACGUAUUGCGUGCAAUCCAGAAGUAAAACAAUCCAUGAUACAAUAUUACGAUGAAAAAGGGUUAGCCGAUAUACGAAUCUAUUUAGCACCAUGGAUUGAAGAAAGAAUAAUGUCAGAACGUAUUAAUACUCCAUCGACUGAACUUUAUGAACGAAUAGCCCAUCAAUUCUAUGAGGAACUGAAACAGAAACUCAUUCCACUUAGUAACGAUAAUUUGAUGAAAUUUAAACUUGCGGAAAUUUGCACAAGCGUAACACAAACACCAGCCGUGGAGUUAUAUACACACUUUCGUAGCGGUCUUCAGCGUGAAAUACAGCUGGUCGACCAAAUGCCACAGUUUUCAUACAUGAGUGGUGUUGGUAUAAAUGGCAGUGGCGGUGGUAAUGCCGCCAUGUUGGGUGGUGGUGGCAUACCUGUUGCAACAGCUAUGCACACGCCAACAAUCGGAUCCGCCGUCAACGGUGGAAAUGGUUAUGUCGGCAAUGACCUCUAUGCUCUGCACGGUCUUAUAACGAAAUUAAAUAUGGAUAUUGGUGCGGUCUUUACUGAAAUGACACAGUUCCGGAGUAAUUAUGAAACAUUUCAUAACUGUUUCAACACCUACAAUCAACGUAAGCCCCAUAUGUCACCGCAAGAAAUACAAACAAACGAUUUACAGCUACAGGAUCAAUGUCGUAUGUUGGCCACAACACGUAGCAGUAUAUUGAGCGAUUUAGAUCGUAUAAUUAACACUUACACCACCAUACAAACGACGGUGAUAACCGAAUUGAAGAACUGGCAACGUAACCAGGCCCUGGCUGGUAAUGGUGCACCAUUCCGUGAUAAUUUGGAUGAUAUACAACGUUGCAUUGAGCUGUUAGUUGAAAUGGUUGGUCGAAUAUUGGAAAAUGUCAAUAUGAUGAAUAUGAUACGUUUGGAUAAUAAUGAUGAUAUUGGUGAAAUGAUAAAUCGUGUACGUCAGGCUCAACAGUUGUUGGUGUUGUCAUCGUUUAUAGUUGAAAAACAACCUCCACAGGUCAUGAAAACCAAUACCAGAUUUGCUGCUGGAGUACGAUGGCUUAUUGGACCACAAUUGGGUAUAAGUGUUAAUAGUCCUACAGUGGAAUGUAUUAUAUUAUCAGAGGCACAGGCUCAACGUCAUUCCGCACAACGUACCAUGUCUGAGUCAUCAAGUAGUAAUCCAGCAUCAUCUGGUGAAAUUGUAAACAAUAUGGGUACUAUGGAAUAUAAUAAUCAAACCAGAGUUUUUUCAGCGAGUUUCAGAACAAUGCAAUUGAAGAAAAUCAAGCGUGCUGAAAAGAAAGGCACUGAAAGUGUCAUGGAUGAAAAAUUUGCUUUACUCUUUUAUACAUCGGUUAUAGUCAAUGAUUAUAGAAUUAGGGUUUGGACAAUUUCUUUACCCGUAGUCGUUAUAGUGCACGGUAAUCAAGAGCCACAGUCAUGGGCCACUAUCACAUGGGAUAAUGCAUUCUCUGAUAUUGUACGUGAACCUUUUCAAGUGCCCGAAAGAGUUGCUUGGUCACAGUUAGCCAUUGCAUUAAAUACCAAAUUUGAAUCAUCGACGGGUCGUGCAUUAACCGAAGAAAAUUUAAAUUUCUUGCAUGAAAAACUAUUUCGCCGUAAUGGCAUGAAUGGCGAUGAUGAUUAUAUAUCUUGGGCACAGUUCUGCAAAGAACCGUUGCCCGAUCGUUCAUUUACCUUUUGGGAUUGGUUCUUUGCCAUCAUGAAAUUAACCAAAGAUCAUUUGCUAAGUCUAUGGAAGGCCGGCUUAAUUGUGGGUUUCAUUAAUAAACGCAAAGCUGAGGAAAUGUUGCGGAUUUUACCUUUGGGUACAUUCUUAUUACGUUUCUCAGACAGUGAAUUAGGUGGAAUAACUGUUGGUUUUGUUACCGAACAAAGUUCAGUGUUAAUGUUGUCACCAUGGACAGCACGUGAUCUAAAUAUACGCGGCUUAGCUGAUCGUAUUCAUGAUCUAGAAGUUUUACGUUUUGUUUAUCCAUCGAAUCGUAUGCGUGAUGAAGCUUUUGGUGAAUUUUAUACACAACGAAUGGAUGAAAAUGCCCGUCGUGAUGGUUAUGUACCAAAUACUAUACGAGUAAAUGUACCAGCCAUAGAAGGUGUUGGCGGUGUUACACCUCAACACAAUAUUCAAUCCCCUCAUCCACAAGAUAUGCAAAUGGGAAAUGACAAUAAUAUUUGCCUAAAUGAUCUCGAUAUUUAUACAAAUGGAAUGGGAAUGAAUGAUACAGCUGUUGACUGGGAUACACUUUGUAUACUUUAAAUGAGAAUUUUGUUUUAAUUAAAAAAAAAAGAUAACUACAGUGGUAAUAAAAUAAAAAAAUUAAAGAAACAAGAGAAAAAGAGGAAAACAAUCAAAAAGAAAAAGUCUGAUCUAUUAAAAUUAAUCGUGUAUAUGUUCGUGAAAUUUAAAAAAGAAAAUAAUAUUUGUAUAUAUUGUAAUUAUUAUUGUUGAAAUACCACAUAUAUUUCCAAAGUUUUGCUCUUGUCGUGCCUUUUUUUCUACAAAAAAACGUUCAUACAUAUGUGUACGUUACGAAAUUAUCAAAACCAAAUAAAAGCGACAACAUACAUUUUACGGACUUCGAUUCAAUACUUCAAUAUUGAACGCAAUUUAAAUUUAAUUUUAAAAACAUAAUACUAUUUUAUAUACAUACAUACAUAUUUUUUUUUUAACAAUUUAUCUUUAUAUAUAUUCUUUGUUGCUAUAAAAAAAAGUUAUAUAACUAAUUAAUUUUACUGAAAGGAACAUAAGUAGAAACGUAUUUUGAAUACGAAACAA